AUGGGCAACAAGCAAACCGUUUUCACUCCAGAGCAGCUGGAUGCAUAUCAGGACUGCACAUUCUUCACGAGGAAAGAGAUUCUGAGGCUGUUCUACAGAUACAGAGACCUCGCCCCCCAGCUGGUUCCACUCGACUACACCCAGAAACCAGAGGUGACACUUCCCUAUCAACUCAUUGGCAGCAUGCCAGAGCUGAAGGACAAUCCCUUCCGGCAGCGGAUUGCAGAGGUGUUCUCGGCGCGGGGAGAUGGCAACAUGACCUUGGAUGAUUUCCUGGACAUGUUCUCAGUGCUGAGUGAGAUGGCUCCCAGGGACCUGAAAGCUUAUUAUGCUUUCAAAAUUUAUGAUUUUAACAACGAUGAUUACAUCUGCAAAGCAGACCUGGAGAAAACUGUUAACAAAUUAACCAGGAAUGAACUUACCCCAGAAGAAGUCAACCUGGUGUGUGAAAAAGUGAUUUAUGAAGCUGAUGCAGACAAUGAUGGCAAGCUGUCCUUGGAAGACUUUCAGCACAUGAUAGUGAGAGCUCCAGAUUUCCUCAGCACAUUCCACAUCCGAAUCUGA